AAACAUAUGUUUUUAAACAAUUGCUGACACAUCGUCCCUAUUUUAAGCUGCCGUCAUUUUUUUUUUGUGAAAAUCAUUGGAAAAAAUCGUUUAUUUGUGAAAAUAACGAAAAAUAUUUUAUGAUAGACUAAAAACCGAGUGUAUUAUAGCAGUCGAAUAGUGUUUUUUGAAAAGUAAAAGUGUGCUAAAAGCGAAAAAUUGAGCAAGAAUUAGCGAAAAGAAAGAAAAAAAUAUUAAGAGUAGAGGAAAAAAGCAGCAAUCAUGAAAUUGACUAUCAAAACACUCGACCAGAAAACAUUUUAUGUUGAAUUCGAUGACACCAAAACAGUUUGGGACCUAAAGGCACAUUUGCAGAAAAUGCCGGAAGUUGGUGUGCAGCCAGAGCUACAGCAAUUGAUUUAUGCCGGACGUGUGCUGGACAAUGAUAAUGUCUUGAAAACGUAUAGUAUCGAUGAGAGGAAGUUCUUGGUAGUGAUGGCCAAGAAAUUACCAGCAGCCGCUGCAGCCACAACAACACCAGCAGCUACUGCUGCUGCACCACAGCCAGCAGCAAAAGCUGCCGAACCAGAUGUAGCCAAAACUACAACCACAAGCUCGAAAUCAAGUGAACAGAGUACAGCAUCCGCAACUACUGCAGCCUCUGCAUCACAACCAAAGACUGAAGAGAAAGCCCCAGAGAAGGAGAAAGAAACACCGGCAGCUACAGCUACUGCUGUCUCCACUGGUACCACAACCGAGAGCAGAGCUCCCCUACCGCCACUAGGAAUUGGCAAUGUUUUAGAUGUGUUGGAUAUUUCACCCACAGCAGCAGCUAACGAAGAUAUGGUACGCGAAAUAAUGAGUAUGGGCUAUCCAGAAUCCGAAGUACGUCGCGCUCUAAUGGCCAGUUUUAAUAAUCCAGAUCGCGCCAUUGAAUAUCUCAUUGAAGGAAUACCCGACAUACCAGAUAUGGUAAGUAUGCCACAAUCAGCUGCCCAACCGGCAGCUGCCGUUCCCGCAGCACCUGGCGCACCCACGGGUGGUCCAAAUCCCCUCAACUUCUUGCGUGAAGAUCCACGUUUCAACCAAAUGCGUCGCGUUAUUCGCCAACGCCCCGAAUUGUUAAGCAGUGUUUUAGCUCGCAUUGAGGAAACCAAUCCCGCUCUGUUGGCUGUUAUACGAGAACAUCAAGACGAAUUUGUCGCCAUGAUCAACGAGGAAGCUGGCGUAGAAGCCCCUGAGGGAGGCGGCGGUGCUGCCCCCAGAGAAGAUGUUGUGGAAAUUGUGCUAACCGAAGAUGAAAGACAUGCUGUUGAUCGUUUAGUGGCCUUAGGAUUUCCCCGCGAAAUUGUCUUGCAAGCCUAUAUAGCCUGUGAAAAGAAUGAAGAACAGACCGCUGACUUUUUAUGUCGGCACAUGGAAGAUUAGAGCGUUAGUCAGCGGAAGAGGAAAAUGAGAGAGCGAGCGAGAUAAAGGUAAAGCGUAAAACAGCAAUGAGUACAUAUUAAAGGAGUCAAAAAAGGAGCAUUCAUUGGAUUUACAAACAAAACAAAAAAACAAUAUAUAUUCUUACACAUGUUGUAAAAAUAUUAAUAUAUUAAUAUACAUAUAAUAUUGAAGAUUUAAUUAAACAUCAAACAAAUGAUAAAAUUCGUAAUAAUUCUUGAGAUUCAAAUCAA